AUGGACAACAACACAACUUUACGGAGGAAAGAUACCACGAAAGGCCCGCCGCUGAGGGUGCUUUCUUUAGAUGKAGGUGGCGUACGGGGUUAUUCAAUGCUUAUUCUCCUUCAAGAGUUAAUGUACCGGACCUACGUCGAAUGCGAAGGACAUGCGCCGCGACGAGACCAAAUCCCCAAACCAUGCGACUACUUCGAUCUCAUCGUCGGCACCGGAACCGGUGGGCUAAUUGCCAUCAUGCUAGGUCGACUGCGACUAGAUCUCGAAACUUGCAAGGAGGUAUAUGUUCGCAUGACCAAAAAGGUGUUCGAGACCGAUAAGACGAUAGCGGGGAUCCCGUACCGGUCAACGCUUUUCAAGGCCUCCAAGCUCGAAGAGGCUAUUAGACAAUGUGUUCGUCAACAUACAGUAUACGAAUCGGAAGGAAAUGACAGUACAAUCGAGCUUGCCAGUCCGAUGCAACCCGUGCCGCAGCGCAGUAUGAGUCGCGCAAGCUUCAGCUCGACCAAUACGUCAAGGGCACCACCAUCACCAACAAGCCAAAGAAACUCUAUGUCUUUUAAUGGAUACGGAUUUAGAUUCGGAAACCCGGACGCUGCGCUCUACGACAAUCGAGAAUUUCGCACAAAGACAGCUGUUACCGCGGUAUACAAAGGCUCGAGGGCCAACACGCCGCCAGUUUUACUACGCUCUUACGAUUCUAGGAGAGAACCCCCUCCUGAAUUUGAAUGCACGAUCUGGCAGGCUGGCCGCGCUACUUCGGCCACUGGCCUAGCCUUCAAACCUAUACAGAUCGGCCAAUAUGUAUUUAUUGACGAAGGAUCUGGAAAUUUCAACCCCGCACCUCAAGCACUUGAUGAAGCUGUCGUAAACGAAUGGCCCGGCCGAGAGCUCGGUGUCUUUGUUAGUGUUGGAACCGGGAAGCGCCCAGCGGGAACUAACCACCAGCAACAUGAAUGGUGGGAAGGGUUCUUUGGCGACGCUCUAGGAACUUUUGCCGAAGCUCGACGACGACUCAUUUCGAAGAUUGAGGGUUGCGAGGAUACUCAUCAACGGAUGCUCUCGGAUCAUCUGGCCAAGCGGAAUGUGAAGAAGGAGAAUUACUAUCGGUUGAAUGUGGAAGUUGGUGUUGGUGAAUUUGGAAUGAACGAGUGGAAUCGCCUUGUUGAUAUCAGCACAAAUACGCGCCGAUAUCUUUCGAAGCCAGAUGUACAAGGAAUGACAUUAGAUGCUGCAUCCAAGUUGGCUAGAAUCGAAAGGAUGCAUCGCCGUCUGGCAUCCCGCUCUGGCGCAGAAUCUACUUUGCCUGACUCUCAGCAGCAGUCAGCACCGCAAUUACCUCCUGCCCCUCCCGCUGCUAUUGUGGUAGCACCUCCCUCUAACCCCAUGGCGAUUGAACUACCAGCGGAGGAGGUUCCGGCAAGUCACCGAAUGAACGUUCACGCACAUCCUCCUCCUCGUGGUUCAGACGAGAAGAUUGCGAUCAUGGGUCCCGAUGAAUUGGGACACGAAUCUCAUCUUGUAUCGCCAGUCGCAGAUAUGAACACGCCACGCCGGUCGGGCGAGUUUUUACACAGCGCAUCUUCUGGGUCACCACGGCGUAGUACCGAGUKGGAAAGCAAUAUMCCCCCGCCAUUACCGCCCAAGACGCCCAUUCCAUACCCCGAUGAUGGAGUCAGUGCGGGAAUCACAAUGCCUCUUCCAGGAGCGGUACCCCGUCCUCUGCAGGCUCCUCUUGGGGGAUACCGGCCGCCGUAUCCUGUUGACGGGCCACCAGUGGUCGACAAACUACGAAAGCCGACAUAUAACGUGCGAUGA